AACUCGGAGAAGCAUAACGUUUUAUUAACAUGAUUAACGUCAAAGGUCAAGUUAACUGGUAGGCCUAGAUUGUAUAACUCCUGAUUUGGUACAUGUUAUGAGUGAUCAAGAACUUGCUGAAUACAUCCCAGUUCACGGAGAUCGCCUUCGUAUUCGAAAAAAAAUUGGUCAGAGGGGUAAUGAAUUUUCAAAGAGAAAGAAUAAAUUACUCAAGAUUCUACAUGAAAAACUGGAGAAAAGGGCGUCAGGGAGAAAAAGACCACGCGAUUCAUCAUCCGAUGUAGAAGAAGAAACGAUGCGGCGCCCCUACGGAAAUAAAAAUGCUGCAAAGGACACUCGUCAAAUUGAGAUUGGAUGGAUCCACAAGACAUAUCACAGAUAUAAACAAGUAAGGGCAAAAACAGGAGGUGGAACAAGGAAGAUAAUGUUACCGAAAGAUGCUAUGAAAGAAAAUAUAAUGGAAGAAGCGAAACGAUUAUUUUUUCCAGAUGGAGUAUCACCGAAGGGACCUUUGUCGAAAUUUGAAUUCGACAUUUGGGAUUUUUCUGAGAGAAAGUUUAGAGACAACAUCACUCUUAAUGAAAUGUACGAAGAAACGAAAAUGCCUUUAUUGAGAUUUUACUUAUCAACAUAUGAAAAGGGAACUGAAGAUAUUUCAACAAAACAAAGUGAUCCGCGCACAACAGGAGCCGAUUCUAUCGAAGUACACUUAUAA